ACAAUCUGAAGAAGAUAGAGAAGCAAGGAUGUUGACUGUGCUGAAGUUUUUGCCUGGGAAGUUCUCCAGCUCCCAUUAUGUGUACACAGAGUGUGUACAAUGCUGCAAAAGACAACUCAUCCUUCAUAGACAAGAAAAACCUCACAAUGUCCAUGUCAGAAACUAUAGCAUGCCAGCAGGUGACAUCAAGUCUCUGCGGAGCAUCAUCAGUCCUCCAACAUCCAAGAUCAGAAACAUAGGAAUCAUGGCUCAUAUUGAUGCCGGGAAAACCACAACUACUGAGAGAAUGUUGUAUUAUUCUGGAUACAUUCGAGCACUGGGAGAUGUUGAUGAUGGGGAUACAGUGACAGACUACAUGGCACAGGAAAGAGAGCGUGGGAUCACUAUUCAAUCAGCAGCUGUCACAUUGGACUGGAAUGGGCACAGGAUCAAUUUGAUUGACACACCAGGACAUGUGGAUUUCACUGUAGAGGUGGAACGUUCGCUGAGGGUGCUGGAUGGAGCCGUUGCUGUGUUUGAUGCUUCAGCUGGUGUAGAGGCUCAAACCCUGACUGUGUGGCGACAAGCAGACAAACAUUCUGUGCCAAGAAUAUGUUUUCUGAAUAAGAUGGACAAAGCUAAUGCCAGUUUUUCCUACUCUGUUGAAAGCAUCAAACAAAAACUUAAAGCCAACCCUUUGCUGUUGCAGCUUCCUAUAGGGGAGGGCAAAUCAUUCCAAGGUCUGGUGGAUUUAUUGAGUAUGGAGUCAAUCUGCUGGAGCGUGCGAUCCAGUGAGGAUGGUGGGAGAGUAUUUGAGAGGAAACCUCUGAAAGACAUAAAGGACAAGGAUCUGCUGAACUCUGCCACAGAAGCAAGAAAUGCCUUACUAGAACAAAUGGCUGAUCUGGAUGAUGAGUUUGCUUCACUGAUGCUGGAAGAGUACAGUGGGGAUUUAAAUGUUAUACCUCUGGAAAAGUUACAGUCUGCGGUACGGAGGAUCACUCUAGCUCGCUCUGCGGUUCCAGUGCUUUGUGGCAGUUCCCUAAAGAAUAAAGGAGUCCAACCUCUUCUGGAUGCAAUCACUUCAUAUUUACCUUCUCCAGAUGACUGUCCUCAUGACUUCAUGUCUUGGUACAAGGAUGACCUGUGUGCUCUGGCAUUCAAGGUUGUACAUGACAAGCAGCGUGGACCCUUGGUCUUUGUCCGGAUAUACUCGGGAAUGAUGAAGUCUCAGUCUGCAGUAUAUAACAUCAACAAAAACUGCAUGGAAAGGAUGAGCCGAUUGCUGCUGCCAUUUGCCGAUCAGCAAGUUGAAAUCUCUUCUUUGUCUGCUGGCAAUAUUGCUUUAACUGUUGGAUUAAAACAGACUGCAACUGGAGACACCAUUGUGUCUUCUAAAUCAUCAGCAGCAGCUGCCUCUCGCAGGGCUGGGAGAGCAGAAGACAAGAUGGAUAAGAAGCCUGAAGAGGAUCUGGUAUUGGCAGGUGUGGAGAUACCCGAACCAGUCUUCUUUUGUACAAUUGAACCCCCCUCUGUGGCCAAACAGACAGAUUUGGAAAAUGCUCUGAAGUGUCUGCAGCUGGAGGAUCCAAGCUUAAAAGUGAAGAUAGAUCCUGACUCAGGACAAAUGAUCCUAUGUGGAAUGGGAGAAUUGCACAUUGAGAUCAUUCAUGAUCGUAUCCGACGCGAGUACGGCCUGGAGACCUAUCUGGGACCCCUUCAGAUUGCAUACAGGGAAACUAUACUGAGUGCUUCCCAAGCAUCAGAAAUCUUGGAUAGAACAAUAAGUGAUAGCCGACACCAGGUGACAGCUGAGGUGCAGGUGAAACCCUUGACUGAUGGUUGCCCAGUUAUUGAAUACUCUGAGAGUCUUCGGAAGAGUUUAUUGAACGACUAUAAGGAGGCAAUAGAAAACGGUAUUCGAAGUGCUUAUCUAACGGGUCCUCUACUUGGUUCACCUUUGGAGGAUGUUGGGGUCACGGUGCACUCAAUAAAUGUACUACCUGGCACCUCUGUGACGAUGGUGUCUGCCUGUGUUUCACGCUGCAUGCAAAAGGCCUUGAAGAAGGCAGAAAAACAGAUACUGGAACCGCUAAUGAGACUGGAGAUCACGAUGGGUGAAGAGUACCUGGGCACUGUACUGGGGGAUUUGGCACAGAGGAGAGGCCAUGUUCAGGAGAUCCAAAGUCGCUUGGAUAAUAAAGUAAUACUAGCAUUGGUUCCACUUGCAGAACUCAUGGGUUAUUCCACUGAACUGCGAUCGUUAACAUCAGGGAGCGCCACAUUUACUCUGGAGUUGGCGAACUAUGAAGGGAUGGAUCCUCAGGACCAGAAUAUUUUGCUAAAGAAGAAAGGACUUUUGUAGGCUUUGCUCGGAACGAAGAA